AUGACUGACUGGAGUUUCUUAAGCAAACUCCUUAAAAAGGUCCAAGGCCACUCCAAUUCUGGAGGGAAGGUGUGGUUGUCUGUUCUCUUCAUUUUUCGAAUCCUGAUACUGAAGACAGCAAUUGAGUCAGUUUGGAAUGAUGAGCAGUCUGCCUUUAGUUGUAACACCCAACAACCUGGUUGUCAAAACGUCUGCUACGACAAGUCUUUCCCAAUCUCUCAUGUGCGCUUCUGGGUCCUGCAGAUCAUAUUUGUGUCCACACCCCCACUUUUGUACCUGGCUCAUGUGAUCUAUGUGAUGCACAAAGAAGAGAAACCGAACAAGCAAGUUGACGAAACUGAUGAGUACAAGGUAGAAAUGCAGAAGAAGGAUAUUGAAAUAGAGGUCAAGUGUGUCAUUAAGGAGAAUGAUCAAUUGAAAAGGGAAGGAAAUCUGAAGAUCACCUACAUCAUCAGUAUCUUCUUCAAGUGUGUCUUUGAGGUGGCCUUUUUACUGAUCCAGUGGUACAUCUAUGGAUUCAGCUUGAGUGCUGUCUACACUUGCAGAAGAGAUCCCUGCCCACAUCAAGUGGACUGCUUCCUCUCUCGCCCCACAGAGAAAACCAUCUUCAUUAUCUUCAUGCUGGUGGUGUCCUUGGUGUCUCUUGCCUUAAAUAUCAUUGAACUAUUCUGUUUCUACUUCGACAGGCCCUCAACAUAUUCCCAGUUGAAUAAAUGCUGCUCACCAACUCCUCCCCAGUCACCUACAUCUCCUCCAGUGGAAAAGGCAGUUGCUGGUGACAGAAACAAUUUUUCAUACCCCAUUUGUAACAAGCAAGCAAGUGGACAAAACAAGGCUAAUGAUAGCACAGAACAAAACCCAAUGGGGCAGGCAGGAAGCACCAUCUUUAACUCCCACAACCAGACUUUUUAUUUCCCCAAUGACAACUCGAAUUUUAAAGAAAUCAUUGCUGGACAUGACCCACAGCCACCAACCAGAGUGGACCAGGAACCUUCAAGCAGAGCCAGCGGCCAAGUUAGCAGCCGACCUUGGCCUAGUGGCUUGAAGGUCUAG